GGCGGAGGCACCGGAGCAGCCCCGGGCCGAGGCGGAGGCACCGGAGCAGAGCGUGAAGAUCAUCUGCCUGGGGGACAGCGCCGUGGGCAAGUCCAAGCUGCUGGAGAGGUUCCUGCUCGACAGUUUGUAUCCUUGUGCUGCCCCUCGGGCCUGUGCGGCGGGGCCGGGGAGCGGAGGUCCCUGUGUGGGUUCCUUAACGCGGCCGCAGCCACCCCCAGCAGCUCUCCACCGUCGCCCUGACGCUCUACAAGCACCGCGCCCGCGUGGACGGGCGGGCGGUGCUCGUGGACUUCUGGGACACAGCUGGACAGGAGAGGUUCCAGAGCAUGCAUGCAUCCUAUUACCAUAACGCUCAUGCUUGUAUCAUGCUGGUUCUUUCUUGGAAGGUGUUUGAUGUGCAGCGGAAAGUCACUUACAAGAACUUGAACAGCUGGUACAAGGAGCUGAGGGAAUUCCGUCCAGAGAUUCCGUGCAUUGUGGUGGCCAACAAAAUUGAUGCGGAUAUGAAGGUGACCCAGAAAAGCUUCAACUUUGCCCGGAAGUUCAGUUUGCCCUUUUACUUUGUGUCUGCUGCAGAUGGCACCAAUGUAGUGAAGCUCUUCAGUGAUGCCAUCAAACUGGCAGUUGCUUACAAACAGAAUUCAACAGAUUUCAUGGACGAGGUCAUGCGAGAACUGGAGAGCUUUGACCUGCAGAAAAGCGAGAAUUUGUUGGAUCAAGAGGAGAGCUGCCCUGAAGAGAAUCCCCCAUCUGCCUAAGCCCUGGACUCUGAGCCUGAGUUUCCCUUUGCUCUAGAUUUAAGCUGGCCUUCACAGAGGAAAAUGAUCUUUCUCUUGCCCCGAGAGCUCAGCUGGGCUUCUCCCACUCUUGUGGGAGAUUCUCUAGCCAUGACCUUUCUUGAUAUGGCCUGAGCUGCUGCAUAUCGUGGUCAAGGAGAGAGUGAGAAUAUCCACAAGGUUGCUGGUUACUGCUUGCUUCUUCAAGGCAAAGCUUGCCUGGAGAAUUCAGCCACUCUGGGACCUACAGGGAAGGGACCUAUCUGAAAGCUUUAACGGUACCUAUUGGAGAAAACAAACACUAAAAACUAUUUGUAUUUUUUUAUAUAUGUAUAUACAUAUAUAAACCUUUGAGCCUACAUCCUUCCUGCACUUCUGUUCUAAAGCAGUAGUCCAGUUACUACACAGUAUUAAGUCCAACUGCUAGCCCUCCCCAUUGCUUUUCCCAACCAGCACUGCUUCUGUCCAUGUGUGUGAGCUCUGGUGUAAUUUCCUUGGGUUUCCUUCCCCAUCCUGUUAUGGAGCAGCCAGAUCCAGUAGACUUCCAGCACACCUUCUCCUUUCAGGUCUGCUAGAGCUGAAUCAGGUGGAAUCACACCCAGGAGGCUUGUCCUAUCCCAGCCUGAUGGAUGUGGCUGCUGCUGCUCCCAUGUGUGUGUUCAGGAGGCUUGUGCUGCAUAAGUCUAGUUUCAAGUUCACCAGUGCAUUGUACACACCUACAGGGAUCCCACCAGUAGCUGGCCUAAGACACAUUGUGUUUCCAACUGCUGUCCCUGUAACCUCUGUGCCCUUCUUUCACUGUACCCUCACCCUCCUCUGGGCAGGCCCAUUUGAGUGACACCUCACAGAUAACUGAAGGGAGAGCUGGGAGCAUUUUAGGGAGAGGCAUCUGGCAGGGACAGCAGCAGCCAGGCAGAGUGAUGGAAGUCCAAGGUGACCUUGCUAUCAGCACCUCAAACAUCAAAUCUGUUCACAAAUGCAGCAAAUCUCAGAGGAAGGUGAGGAAAAUAAUCAGGGGUAGAUUACUUGUUUGGGACAAGAAGAGGGUGGAGAAAGAGGAGUCAAGGAGGAUGGAGGGAUGUAUAAGCAUGGAAAAUGGACAGAAACAGGGAUAAAGGAGCCAGUUACAGAUAAGCAACUGCUGAUUGUUUUGCUUGUUUGACUGAGCCUUGCGCCUGAUCACCACAGUCUGUCCAACCUUUUUGAGAGUGACUCCAGAUGCUGUUCUGUGUGGCGCCAGUCUGUACCUGGCUGCAGCAACGGCAGAAGGACCAUAGGCCAUAGGGACCCAGCAGCUGGAAUCACCAGCCAGCUGCUGGUGGGAGUGCUCUGGGGGUGCAUGCAGUCCACUAGUGAACUUGAAGCUGGACCAGCUCACAGGCAAGAGGAGACAUAGAUCUGGAAAGACCAGAUGUGUCUGUACCAGCUGCUGGGUAAGAAGCUUGACAUCCAGCCACAGACAUUAACUGAAUUCCCUUGCUCAUAUUUAAGGAACCUGCGAACAUGCUUUGCUUGUGAAUCUAGGGAGUGAUUUGUGUGUAUGUUCCAGUCCUGAUCAGCUGGAGAGGAAGAUGAGUACUGGGUCCUGCUUUUUAUGUUAAGUGGGUUCUGGGAAAGGUCCUGCUCUAUGCUAUUUUGGUUUGCCAUUCAUGCCUUUGAGGUAUGUAUGUGUAUUCUUAACUGUGGUCUGGCUCUUCAGAAACCCAACUAAGCAACUCACAUCAUUGGGUUGAGACAGGAGAAACCUCCUGAGAAUGAGAGUGCUCCCAGUUCAGCUCCAGCUCUUCUGCAAGGAGGCAUUUCCUGGGAGCACAAACACAGCAUGCACAAAAACUGUGUGCACACUCUGAGUUUGCACACAGGAUGCGUAGAGACACACAUGGGGUACAAAGAGAAGGUGCAGUGCACAAGCAGAGUGUGCACACCCAGACUCUAAAACACCUGUCUUGAACACAAGGGCAAUGCAGAAUGUUCACAUACACAAAGAAUGCCUGUGUGUGCAAAACUGGCACACAGAACACAUACACAGGCAGUGCAUGCACACGCUACAGGACACAUACAUGCAGAAUGCACCCACCCCUACACCCUGCACGCAGUGUGCACCCAUCCAUCUGCCCAUGUACAUGCUCACAGCAAACCCAAGUGCCGUAUGCCAUGUAGAAUGCACCUUCUAUAGAUGCACAUGCAAACUCACAUGUGCACACAUGCAUAUACAUGUCCACCCACACAUACAGGCAUAAGCACAUGCCCACACUUCAUACAUGCAGAGGUACAGAGCAAAGUGCGUGUGCUUUGUGCAUCAUCUUGAGUCCUGCUGUACUCUUGUUUUGGAUAAGCUGUGUAGACAGAGGCGUUCGAGACAUUGUGCCUCAGUUCCCUUCUCUGCCUGUUUCUGAGCUUUUUCUGGUUUCCAAAAGCAGACACUGCAAUGGGGUGCGGCCUUCCUGGGUGCCGAACCUACCCCUUUCCCCCUCGUUUUCCUUAUCACUCCCUUCCCUCGGAGAGCUGCUGCUGCUCUGCACUGUCCCUUCUCUGUUUACAAGUCACAGACCUGCAGGAUAUGGGCUCCUACAUUCAGGCACAAGCAGCAGUCUGAGGCUGAAGGUGGAACUGCCGUUGCUGUACUCAAACACUGCUUGAAGCGCUCAGGCUCCCACAGAACACAGCCUGCUCCGGGCAGCGCCGCUCUGUGUCCAGUGGGAUCUUACACCCUGCGCGCACCAGAACAGCGGCUCCCUUGGCUCCUCCGAGCGCAGGGAGCCCGGAGCACCCGGCAGCUGCUGCCAGCCACAGACCGGGGAC